AAUAAGACCUUUAAAUAAUUGAUAUGAUAGAAAAGAAUGGUUGGCCCUUAGAAUUUACUUAGUUUAUAUUUGACACCCUUCUGGUAAAUAUCACAAAGAAAUUUCAAAGAAAAUGAAGUAUUUUAAUGUUUUGAUAUUUGUUCUUGGAAUAAGUUCGAUUCUAUGCUUCACCACAAAUUAUCCUACAUGUAGACCUACAGAAAUCUGCACAACAUUGACGCUGUGUAUACCCUACAUAAAUUUAAUUAGAAGCCUUAAAAAACCAUUGCAGCCUUCGGCCGUGAAGUUCCUCAGGAGACAAGAAUGUGGCUUCGAUGGAAGCUAUCCCAUGGUGUGCUGUUAUGAUAGUUCAAAAUUAUUACCACGAAUGAACAAAACAACUACUGAGAAACCGCACAGAAAACCCAAAGAGAACAUUCAAGAGAAAAUGCAUGCUUUGAACACAGCCUUUGCUCUGUUAGAUAUGGAUUAUUUUUUUGUGAGGCGUAUGCUAGAAGGCAUGGAAAAUAAUAAUAAAACUAUUAAUAAAUAAAACUAUUAAAAUAAAUUAUGCAUUGACAUAGUAGAGAGCCUUUUAUAAGUGUCCAUUUUGUAUUGAGAUCAAAAAAUUUUUGUUUUCUCAGUGUAUGUAUAAAUUAAAAAAAUAAAUCA